GUUAACUAGUUAUUGAGUUCCGGGUGUGGGCUAGUUUAUACCUGUAAGAGCCGACAAGGUGGGCAAAUGACUGUGUAUAGGUGAAGUCUCCAGCCACCAUGAAACGCGUCGGGUACUGGAUUAGCGAAAAGAAGGCAAAAAGCCUGAAUUUGGAAGACCAAAAGGAAGUGUUCAGAAAUGCUGGUAUUGAGUUGAUAAAGUUAGAUAUAUUUCGGCCACUAGAGGACCAGGGACCAUUUGACCUCAUCCUGCACAAGUUUACAGGCCUGAUGGUGAAAGCAGAGGAGGGCGACACAGCGUCACUCACAGUCUUACAAAAUGUCAAGGACUACAUCAGGUGUCACCCUACCUGUUUAUUGGUAGACACUUUCGAUUCUCUGAAGAAUCUUAUCGACAGGAACGAACAAUACAAAACACUGCUGAGGUGCCAUCUACUCGAUUCAGAUUCCUGUGUGUUUACCCCUACCUUCGUCGAGCUGACCACGACAGAUAUCAGCAUUAAUAAGGCGCGCCUACAGCAAGCCAACGUCAAGUUCCCUUUUGUUUGUAAACCGAUAGUUGCUCAUAGCACAAGCCUGUCCCAUAAGAUGUGCAUUAUUUUCAAUGAGAGCGGCUUGAAGGACGUCCAGCCUCCGUGUGUAGCACAGACUUUCAUCAACCAUAACGCCGUCCUGUACAAAGUCUUCGUGAUAGGAGAUAAACAGUACAUCACUGAGAGACCUUCGCUCAAAAAUUUCUACAAUGAGGACCAAGAAACAAUUUAUUUUGAUUCCAGUCAGAUAUCCAAGCCAAAUUGCUCAAACGCCCUUACGGAGUUAGACGACGGGGACCCUAAUCAGACAGAUUCCCCAGCUAAACCUGACCUUGAACUGCUGAAGGAACUAGGACAAGUUGUCGGCCUUGAGUUUCAGAUACAACUGUUCGGCAUUGAUGUAAUUGUCGACUGUAUCACUAAAAAAUAUGCUGUGAUUGACAUCAACGCCUUCCCAGGGUACGAAGGAGUUGACGGAUUCGUCCAGUUACUCUGUAACCAUCUAAUGACCCUGAUGAACCGACAAGCUGCCAACACGGGAAACGAUCGGAGUUUGGCGGGAAAUAAACACAAUGGCCACCAUCUACCACUGGAAAAUGGCUACUGUGAUCGACGAAAGCGAUUGAAAUAUUCCUCUCCUGAACCAGAAGAGCACAGUGGUGUUUGCAGCAAGUGUUGUGAUAAUUUGUUUUUGUCAAGUGGGAACAAAACGGUACAAAUGUGUCAGGCCAAAAGCUUGAGUGAGGAUUUAAGUGUGCAAGUGGAAAAUCGAGCGAAAUCAGAUGUCAUACCGUGGAAACAGCCAAUCAAUGGCUGUGUAGAACAUAGCCUCUAAACCCACACGGGAGUUACUCUAAUCUAUGCAGGACUUUCUAUUUUAACUACAGGUGUGAGUUAUAAUCUACCUGUGAUCGUAUGCGAGAGGUGAAAAAUAGGGUCAAAGGUCACUCACACAAAGUGAUAUAUCUGCUUAUUGAUGUCUUUCUAAAAGCUUCAAACAUUUCUUCCUUUUUCAAAAUUGCAUGUGAUAGGUUUUUUAUUUAAGUUUUGAUAAUUGAAUAAUCAACAGUUACUGCUAUCUAAUACAUAUCGCACUAUGAAAUAUAUUGAGCCAAAACAUACAUUAUAUUAUGGUCUACUGGCCAUGGUCUUUAACUUAUUGUGGAUUUAAAAAGUCCUGAGGGACAUUUAACUUUCACCACUGAAAAUUUAACUCUAUAUAAAAUAUAUUGGCUGUUAAUGGAGUGUAGACAAAUUUAAACCAAUAAACCUCCAUCAAAUGUUGAACACAAAUACUCUCAGCAUUUGUCGUCAAUCAAAAAUAUCCAUCUGGCAGUGUAGGAGAGGCAACUCUAAAGAAAGAUACACCUCUCUUUGAAAUAAUAUAUGGCUUGCAGGUGUUUUUGUAAAUGUAAUUUUAUAAAAUGUUUCAGAUCGUGGACAACAUCAGGCAGAUAACAUUGUGUAGGUUUUACUCUAAUGACCUUGACCCCUGUGUCUUAUUUACCUCUUAGAUAGUGUUUAUAUGCAAAUUUGUAGCUGUGCAUUUUAUAACACCUAUAACUUACAGGAAGAUUUAGUAAUACCAUUUAAUUCUUAGUUUUACUGCUUGUCACUAAAACAUUGUUAGAUCACCUGCUCAAUGGGUGAGGGAGCUUAUGCCAUGGUGAGGCGUCCAUCCGUCCAUUUCAUUAUCUGAUGUCAAAGUUUUCUUUUGAACACUUUUUCUCAAUAACUGAAGGCAAAAGGUGAUGAUAUUGAUUGAGUAGCUUGCUGAGAUGAAUGGCUUCCAUGUAUGAUCAAAUCAAUGACAUUAACCUACUUUCAAGGUCACAGGAGGUCAAUAUGUUUAUAUCUAUGGAUGUCCAAGAGGCACAGGGUCAUAUGAUGUCAGGAUGAAAGGCUACAAAGUUUGAUAAUUAAAUUUAUACAUUGUAUCACUAGCAGGUGAGUGGUACAGGUCCUUUUGGCUUCUUGUUAUAGUUAUAGGGAUACAGGCAUUUUAUAUAAAUAUUUUUAUCAUUAAAUUGUAGUUAUAUAAUUUUGUAGUGAGCUGAACUAUUUGGAAGAAAUUUAAACAAAACAAUGAAUAUCUAUUUAAUCAAUAAAAUAACUGUGAGACCUUCAGUAAAUUUUUUAUUUAUACAAGCAUUUGUUCUAUCCAGACAUUUGUUGAGACAGUAAUUUAGCAAUAAUUCAACAUGUUUUCUUCCAUACUGUAGUCUCGUUAUAUCGUGUAUAUGGUAUAUAAGUUCAGUGUUUUCCUCAGAUAACAGUAAUGUAUCCUCAAAAUACCUUUUUUGUUAAAAAAAAAACAAAACAAAAAAAAGUAAAAAAAAUAUAUCCAUAUAUAUAUCAUGAUACAUAUACACUUGUACUACAUACAACAUUAGCAGCAAGCAUCAGAUAACAAUGACAAUAUGUCCGAAGAAAUGUGAUUUUACCGUUAAUUGUCCCCAAUUUCAGAACCAAUGCCAGUCACACAAAGGUUUAACUAAACAAGCGCUACAAACCUAGAGACAGGACUAAUUGAUCAGUCUUUGUUGAACACUAUUUAGUUUGUUUUUAGUUUUCCCCCCAGGAUAUAUAACUAGUCUAUGAUGUAUACGAACAUCUGCGUACCUGGUUAGAAUUUUAAUACAUACGUUAUAGCUAUCUUUCGAAUAAGUUCCAAAUCGGUGUUUUAUCCAGUUUUAGUCAAUGUCAGACAAACAUGAUUUAGCUGUAGUUUUAGAUUAUAAGUAUUUUCAGUCCGAAUUGUUAGUUAGACGGAAUUUUUAAUGUCAGGGUAUUUUUAUACUUUGUAUAGCUGUUGUGAUGUUGACACUGAACAAAACAGUGUAAUCACACACCAUUUAGCUUUGUUUCGCUUAAAACUCAGCAAAUGAUGUUAAG